AUGAUCCCUCUAAGCUCAUAUUUUACCGUUUUUGCCAUUGCUCUUUUAUUUUCAUUCCCAUUUUCUUCAGCUGAUAAUCAUGAAAAGUUCGUUCAAUGUCUUAACAAUUAUUCCCACAAUACCACAAUCUCAAACGUUGUUUACACCCAAACCAACUCCUCGUACUCCUCUAUACUAGAUUUCUCCAUUCAAAACCUUAGAUUCGCAACCAACACAACUUCAAAAUCCCUUGUCAUCGUGACACCACGAGAAGUUUCCCAUAUUCAAGCUACCAUAAUAUGUUCCCAACGCCAUGGCAUGCAGAUUCGAACUCGGAGUGGAGGCCAUGAUUACGAGGGUCUCUCGUACGUUUCCGAGGUUCCCUUUGUGAUCCUUGACCUCCUAAACCUUCGAGAAAUCGAAGUGGACGUGGAAAACAGCACUGCAUGGGUUCAAUCUGGUGCAACUAUUGGUGAACUUUACUAUAGGAUUAGCGAGAAAAGCCAAACACUAGGGUUCCCUGCAGGUGUGUGCCCCACCGUGGGAAUUGGUGGCCAUUUCAGUGGUGGUGGCUACGGAUUCUUGAUGCGCAGGUAUGGUCUUGCUGCUGAUAACGUGAUUGAUGCUCACAUGGUUGAUGUUAAUGGUAGGGUUCUUGAUAGAGAAUCCAUGGGUGAGGAUCUGUUUUGGGCCAUUAGAGGAGGAGGAGGUGCAAGCUUUGGAGUCAUAUUGGCUUGGAAGAUAAAACUAGUGGCAGUUCCAUCAACUGUGACAGUGUUCAAUGUUCCAAGAACAUUGGAACAGAAUGCAACCAUGCUUAUUCAAAAGUGGCAACUUGUGGCAAAUAAACUUGAUCAAGGCCUGACCAUUAGGAUCAACAUGGAAAGUGUAAAUUCAAGUCAAAAUGGAGAGCAAACAAUACGAGCCUCGUUUGAGUCCAUGUUUCUUGGAGGUGUAGAUCAACUCAUACCCUUGAUGCAAAAUAGCUUCCCAGAGUUGGGUUUGGUGAGAGAAGAUUGUACUGAGAUGAGUUGGAUAGGGUCAGUUCUAUACAUGGCUGGAUUCACAAAUGGUCAACCACCAGAAGUUUUGUUGAACAGAACUCAAAGGGGUGGUGUGAGUUUUUUCAAAUCAAAAUCUGAUUAUGUGAGAGAUCCAAUUCCUGAAGAUGGGUUAGAAGGGUUAUGGCCAAUGCUUUAUGAAGAAGGGAUUGAAACUGCAGUGGUUCAAUUCACUCCUUAUGGAGGGAGAAUGGAUGAGAUUUCGGACUCUGAAAUUCCAUUCCCACACAGAUCUGGAAACAUAUUCCACAUUCAGCACCAGGUUUAUUGGCAAGAGGAAGGGAAUGAGGCAGCAGAAAGGCACAUCAACUGGAUGAGAAGACUCUACAGUUAUAUGGAACCUUAUGUUUCAAAGUCUCCUAGAGCUGCAUAUUUGAAUUAUAGAGACCUUGACAUAGGUGUAAAUAACAAUGGCUACACAAGCUAUAGCCAAGCCAGCAUUUGGGGUCUUAAGUAUUUCAACAACAACUUCAACAGAUUGGCAAGGGUGAAGACCAAGGUUGAUCCUCUCAACUUCUUCAGAAACGAACAGAGCAUACCUUCUCUCAUAUCAAAGGGACGCAAAUAGAAUUCCUUGGCCCAGCAAAUGUCAUUAUAAAUUAAAAUAAGCUGUUUUCUUUAGUUUAAUUUGCUUUUAUGUGUACCAUUCAUUGAUGCUUAAUUAGUUGUUGUGUUUAUAUGUAUAAAAAUAAUUUGCAGUUUUAUAUAUGUAA